GUACGAUAAUUUUCAGACCGUUUCUGCUUCUGCGUAGCGAGAGUGGCCGUUGUCCGCAACGUGCGGAGGAGGAGAGUUAGGCGUCGGUGCAUCUCCGCUUCGUGAAUCCCAGAGUGGUGCAGCUAAGGGAUCGUCUGGCAAUCUCAAAUCCGACACAACCGCGAACAGUUGUGGCUCCAUGGCGUGCAGUGGGGGCAAAGGGGGCCCUGGUGGGAACCCUCGAGGGAGGCCUAGGAGCGGCGCCUGGGAGCGGCGGAGGCUGAAGGAGAUGGUGGCCGAGCAACUGAGGCAGGAUAUAGACAGGCUUCUUAAAGAGGAAAUCCAAACAGACAUCACUUUCUGUGUUGGCAAGACUCUGCUCAGAGCUCACAAAGCAGUGCUUUUAGCACGAGUUCCUGACUUUUUUUGGCAUGUAGCUGGAAGAUGGUUAAAUAAUACAAGCGCUUGUGAAGUUAUUGAUCUUGAGAAUUUGGAUAUCUUAGAAUUUAAAACAUUCCUACAGGCUGUGUAUUCGUCUGAUAGAAACAUUAAAGAGGCUGAGCAAGAGAUUGUUAAGAAAGAAAUAUCAAAGCCUAGAAUUACAAAGGAAGAUGAAAGUCUUCAAGUUAGCCAUCUACAGAAUGGUCAUAUAUCAGCAGAACACUGCCUGGAAAAUCAUGAAAAGACACCUGUUCAUCAGUAUUCUUCCGACGGAGCCAUAGAAACAGAAUCUGUUUCUUCCCUUUUUAUUGCAAAAGAAAUUCCUGAGGAAGCUGUUGACGCUGAAGGCAUUGUAGCUGUGUCAGAAGCUGCAUCUGCCUUAGGACAAGAUCUGUUGAUGCUGUACAAGAAACCUUGCUUUUCAGAUAUCGUUAUUCAGAUUAAUGGAAAACAGUUCCAAGUGCACAGGGCUAUUUUAUGUGCCAGAUCUAGUUACUUUGCUGCUAUGCUGAAUGGGAGCUGGGCUGAAAGCUCUCAAGAGCACAUCACUCUUCAAGGCAUAAACCACAUAGAAAUGACAGUCAUUCUGCAUUUUAUCUAUGGAGCAAUUUUGGAUUUCCCAAACAAGGCAAAUGCUGGCUGCAUACUGAGCAUUGCAGAUAUGUAUGGAUUAGAAGGUCUAAAAGAAGUGGCUAUAUAUGUUCUGAAAAGAGACUAUUGCAACUUCUUUCAAAAGCCUGUGCCUGGAAAGCAUCAGCGUGUUCUUGAAUGUCUAGCUAUUGCCCAUUCAAGAGGAGCAAAAAACAUUUACAAUACUUGUAUGAAGUGGCUAGUUCAGAAUUUUAUAAAAUGUUGUUCAGACAAGAGCUUUGCAACUUUAUCCACUGAACUUCAGAAUGAUUGUCUAAGAAUGUUGAUCCUCUCAUUGAGCCCACAAAAUGCAGCCCAAGUUCUGAUGGAAGCCAACCAGUUAAUUGGUACUCUUCCUCAAGUGAAAUGGACUGAAGCAGCUCUUUCCUUGGCAUCUAGGCUGCAAGAAGAGUGUAUAGCAUUUAUGGUGAUGAAUUUUCCUGAAAUAAUACAAAGUGAAAGCUUUUCUACCCUGUUACAGUUCCAAGCCAUGAGCAGCAAAACUGAGCUGUUUGAUCAAUUGUUCGAAGCAGUUCAGAAGGGAAUUACUACUGAAAAUAGCUGCUGUCUACUUAUGGCUGUGGAUGCAUUAUUAAGUUCUGAAAACGUGAAAGAGAUGGGGUUUACGUGCAAGAUCCAGGCUCUGCGUGAUAAGCUGUGGAUCUUCCUGGUUCAGUCAUUUUAUGCUGUUCGUCACACAGAGAGCUGGAAGCUGCUGGAGCCAGACGAUCAACAGCAAAUCGAAGCAGCUGCUUUUGACAAAGGCGAUGAUAGAAGACCUGCCAAAAAGCCUAUUUUCAGUAGUUCUCAGUUAAACAGGUGCAUUACUGAUGCUUCUGGUAUAAACCAUACUGCUUGGAGAGCAGACGGAAAGAAAAACAGUUGGGGUGGUUCCUCCACUAAUCAGGAUAAAAUGAAAUCCGAUGGAUUAGGAGCAUCUGGACACACAUCAGCUACCAACAGGAACAGCACUAAUAAGGCUUUGAAACAUGACGAUUUAAAGGGGAAAGACAGUAAAAAAGCAGUUUGUAAGAUGACAAAAGAGGCCAAAAUGGGGGAGAAAAUGCCUUCACCAAAAGCUAGAGCUGUUAUAAAGCCCAAAACUGAAAAUAAUGGAAAUUCUAAGAUGGAAAGCUUGCUUACAAAACAGGAUUCUGAGCGGUCAUCAUCUACUAGUGGCCAUAAAAAUGCAGGAAGUGGCAAAGCCUUGAAAAACCAAGAAGGUAAAACUGCAGGGGCCAGACCAAAAGUACUUCCUGGAAAUUCAAAUAUACACAUUAAAGCAAAACCUUUGAAGAAGACCAAUGGAAAGGAAUCUCCCUCUGUUAUGGGCACAGAAGCACUAAGUAAAUCAAACAAUUCAAGCACAGAUCUGAGGAUGUCCAUUGAACAACUAGAUGAAUCCAAGGACGAAAAAGCUGUAGAUGAAGGCAAAAAACACUCAGCUUUGAAAAUGAAGUCUGCUUUAAAGAUGACUAAUGGAACCCCUGCUAAAAAACAUACUAAUGAACUGGAAGCUAACAGUCCAAUGAACAGCAUUGUAAAGAAAUGCACAGUUAAAGGCAACAAUGAGCAUGCACCACAAGUACUUUUAAAGAAAAAGGGAAAUGAAACUGGCAGUUCUUCACUUCAGCAGAAAACCAAGAAUGCAGCUAACGUUACAAAAAGCCAAGGUCCACAAGGAGAUUUACUAAAUCUGAAGCUUGGGCUUUCUCCAAAACAAAAUGAAGAGAAACCCAUGGUGCAAUCAGAGAAACAAACUUCAUCAAAGAAAAAGUCCAAGCCUUCUCAAACCACUUCAGUUAAAGCUACUGCAAAAAUAAUAGUAACAGCCAAAAACCAAAGUCAUUCAAAGAAGAAUGAAAUGGGGAGCAAUAAAGACCAAAAACAGAAAAUAGUUACAGGGCAACCUGUUUUAAAGCUUUCAUCUUCAAGUCACAAGCAUUCCAGAAGUGAGUCACCUGUUCAGAAGAAUAUACAUGGAGAAGGGCAAAAAAAUUCAAGCCCUAAACUUGACAACUCUGUGACAUUGGUUGCUCAGCUACAUGGCAGUAACAAAUCUAGUCCAGGGAAGAAAAAUAAUAGUGGAAUGUCUUCACUUGAAAUAGAUACAAGAAACAUAUCGACUUCAGAAAAAUCAACUCCCCUCGAAGAGCAACGUUCCAAGAGAGAUUUGGAACAUGUUUGUAUUGAGGAGAUGAGAGAUGGAGCUCAUGAGAAUGAAAAGAAUGAUAAAUCACCCAGGAAUAAAAACCCUGAAAAAUGUAAUUCAAUUGAAUUGCACAAUACUCAAGAGCAGAAGAGUGUUGCAUGUGAAAAGGUUAAUCAGAAUUCCACCAUUUUGGCUUCAAAUGAGGAAAUACUAAAAAAUAAAACACUUUCUGAUUCUAUUGCUUGCCAGAAUGAGGACCCUUUAGUACAAGUUGAUCAUAAAUCUAAAGAUAUAUUGAAAGCUGAAAUGAGCAUUAACUAUGUUGAUAAUCCGUUGCAUAGUUUUUCUGAAGUAGCUAAUGAUAAUUCUAACUGUGAACAUGGGGAAGAGAAAUCUUCUAAAGCUUGCGUGGUAGGAUCUGAAAGUGCUGAUGAGUUAUCUGAUAAGUCUGCCUUGACAGAAUCUCAGUCUGCUACAGUGGAAUCAGAUGCUGCUUCUAAAUCUUUCAUAGGGCAGGUGGUUGAAAAAUGCUCUUCUAAAGACACUGAUACCACUGAAACACCAGAGAGCCAUGAAAACUCAGAGGCCCCAUUUCCAGAGCACUGGAAUUUGAGUUCCAGUGGACUUGAUCAAAAAGAAAGCCCUGAAUCAGACACAGGUAGUGCAACAACAUCAUCAGAUGAUAUAAAGCCAAGAUCUGAAGAUUAUGAUGCCGGAGGUUCUCAGGACGAUGAAGGAUCAAAUGAAAGAGGCAUUUCAAAAUGUAGCACUAUGUUGUGCCAUGAUUUCCUUGGCAGAAGUAGCAGUGACACAAGUACACCCGAAGAGCUAAAAAUCUACGACACUAGUCUAAGAAUAGAAGUAAAAAUGAAAAAGGAAAAUUCUGAUCUCUUCCGAGUCAUAUCUACAAGUGAUGAUGAGAUCCCAAGAAAAAGGCCUGAAACAUGGUUGCAUCAAAGUGAGAGAAGAGGUAUGUCUAGGGGGAAUAAUCCCAGUUUUGCCAUUGCACCAUUUUCUCAGGAAGCUGAUCAGGUUUCCUCUUCAGCAGAUGAAACUGAAGAUGAAAAGUCUGAAACUGAAAAUGUUAUAGAAAGCUUGCCUCCUUCAGAAGUUCCUGUUCAGAAAUUUCAUGGAAUAGUGAAUCUAGCAUUUGAAGAUGCAGCAGAAAAUGAUAUUGAAAGUCAAGAAUUCUCUGCUACUAAAAAUUUUAAGCGAUCUGUAUUACUUUCAGUAGAUGAGUGUGAAGAACUGGGAUCUGAUGAUGGCGGGGAAGUCCAUACUCCCCUCCAAUGUCCUCUGGAUGCUGCAACACCUGCUGAGGUGUUUGAUGCCAUUUCCCAUGAGCAUGAAGGUAAAACCUUUUAUUCACGAUACUCUUUAGAGAUUGAGGAUGGAUUCCUGGAGUGUAAGGAGCCAAAUAAUGAACAGCUCGACAAAAAUGAGAGCUAUUCUGCAGAUGCUCAUAGCACAGAGCAAACAGGAAAAGAUAACAUGGGUCCUUCAGUUACAGAACAGAAGUCUACAGAGAAAGUCAUGUCAGUAGAACAUAUCCAGCCAACCACAGAAAACAAAGAAAAUUCCAAAAGUGAAGAGAAGAAUGAAUUUCAGUGCAAUAAAGUUUCAGACAGUGACACAAAAUCUCAAGGAAGACCAUGCCACUUGGACCUUCAUCAAAGAGAUAAUACUGAGUUACAAAAGAACAGCUCUUCAAAACCUGUAGAUCCAGGUAGGAGUCAUUUACUGACUCAGGAAGUUCAUAUGAAAGAGAGUGAACCAGCGUCUACUGAAUACGCUGACACUGCUUUAUCUGCAGGAGACAUAGAUGAUUGUGAGAGACUGACACAAAUCUGCAUGUAUGAGCAUCGGCCUCCAAAAACCCUUUCUCCAAUAUACGAGAUGGAUGUUGGAGAAGCUUUUGAGCAGAGGAUGGAGUCGGAAGUGGACAUUCUGGGGGUGGAUUUUGAAGAUCAGCAGUUUGCCGAACAGGACUGGACACUUCUCAGGCAGUUGUUAUCUGAUCAGGAAUCAAACAUGGACAUCAAAAAUUCUGUUCCUGAAGACCUUGACUUAGCACAAUAUCUCAUCAACCAGACACUAUUUCUGGCGCGAGACAGUUCACAACCUCAGGGUAAAGCACAGAUUGACACUUUCAGUAGGUGGACCGAACUAAUAUCUCCACUGGAUGACUCUUCAGCCAGCAUUACAGUGGCAAGUUUUUCCUCUGAAGAUUGUUCUUCCCCACAAGGGGAAUGGACAAUUCUUGAACUAGAAACCCAUCACUGAAGUGAUCAAGUGUUUGAGACAAAAUUCCUUCCUUCUUUUUUCUUUCCUAGACAUCUGCAAAUAUUUGAUGCAAUAUUUUCACACAGUAAUAACUAAUUGCCUCAGUGUCAUAUAGAAAUGAUCCUUCCAUUAAGUGUUCCAUUUCAAACUAUAUUUAAUUGCAGGUAAAGAAAUGCUUGAGAAUUUAACUGGACUUUUUUUUAAAAGUGAGCAUGUCUUCUCCUUUGCCCCAAGACUUUUUAGGAAGAAUUAGAUGACCUGUAUGAAAAGGUUUUGGCUUAUUCUUCUUUCCUCUUUUCAGUCAUUGCUUAAGUCAUAAAUUCCUGGAUGCUCAGUGAAUCAAAAAUGUGAAUGCAAACUAUGUAGUGCUACCCUUUUCCCUCCAUCUUUCUCUAUUUAGAUCUUAAAAGAUAAACGAUUCACAGUGAUUAUAUUUAAAAAAUGUGUGCCAACGGUACUUUAAAUACUAGAAGUGUGUGUUUGAAUUUGAAGGAAAAGUUUCAAUGCAAUGGUUUCUGAAUUUAUUUAUAAAGAGCAGCAUGCGUGGUUUGUUUUCUCCCGAUUGAUUUUGUACCUUUUUUGCUUUGAAAAAUUUCAAUAAAUUUAUAAAUUGUUUAAAUCUUAA